UGGUUGGAGAUUCGUAGACACCAACCUCACAGAAAAGUUAAUUAACUUCACGGGUAGUCUCAAGUCAUCCCAGUUCAAAAGUUCACUCUCUCUCUCAACUUUCUAACUCCAUAAAUUAGUAAUUACGAGGAAAUCACAAAGAAAUGUCAAGACCCCCUCAUUUUUCUUUCCUAGACGCCGACACUCAUAAAUUCUCGAGCAAAACUCAAGUUUUUGAAUUGGGUUCUUGAUUUUUAUUUUUAUUUUCAUUUUCUUGGUUUGUUAAAGUGGGGAAAAUAAAGACUUUUUUGGGGAUAGUAUGUCUGUGGAAUCAAGCUCUGGUUCAGGUGAUCAUGGCCAUGGGAGCCAUAACAUCAAAGGAGUGCCCACUCAUGGUGGAAGAUAUGUGCAGUAUGAUGUUUAUGGGUAUCUUUUUCAGGUGCCCAGAAAGUAUGUUCCUAUCAGGCCUGUGGGACGUGGGGCUUAUGGGAUUGUUUGUGCUGCUGUAAAUUCAGAGACUCGUGAGGAAGUUGCUAUUAAGAAGAUUGGGAAUGCGUUUGACAAUAUAAUAGAUGCCAAGAGGACGUUACGUGAAAUAAAACUUCUACGCCACAUGGACCAUGAUAAUGUAAUUGCAAUUAAAGACAUUAUUCGGCCUCCACAUAAGGAAAACUUCAAUGAUGUCUACAUUGUUUAUGAACUAAUGGACACUGAUCUUUACCAGAUUAUCCGAUCCAACCAACCAUUAGCUGAUGAUCAUUGUCGGUACUUCCUUUAUCAAAUUCUGCGAGGACUUAAAUAUGUUCAUUCUGCAAAUGUCUUGCACCGUGAUCUUAAACCCAGCAAUUUGCUUCUCAAUGCAAAUUGCGAUUUGAAAAUUGGAGAUUUUGGGCUUGCAAGGACAACAUCUGAGACUGAUUUCAUGACAGAGUAUGUUGUCACUCGCUGGUAUCGAGCACCAGAACUGCUCCUAAAUUGUUCAGAGUACACUGCAGCAAUUGAUAUCUGGUCAGUUGCGUGCAUACUUGGUGAAAUCAUGACAAGACAGCCACUAUUUCCUGGUAAAGAUUAUGUUCAUCAGUUGAGACUUAUCACAGAGCUUAUAGGAUCACCUGAUGAUGCCAGUCUCGGGUUUCUAAGAAGUGAUAAUGCCCGAAGAUAUGUUAGGCAGCUUCCGCAGUAUCCAAGGCAACAAUUCUCUGCCAGAUUUCCGAACACUUCUCCUGGAGCUCUGGAUUUACUUGAGAAAAUGCUCGUCUUUGACCCAAGCAAACGCAUUUCCGUUGAUGAGGCUCUUUGUCAUCCAUACUUGGCGCCUCUUCAUAAAAUCAACGAGGAGCCUGUUUGCCAUCAGACUUUUGUGUUCAAUUUUGAGCAGCCGUCGUUCACUGAAGAGAAUAUCAAGGAGCUCAUCUGGAUGGAAUCUGUCAAACUAAACCCAGACCCGCUUCAUUGAGGAAUGUCAUUGUAUGAUGUUAGACAAAAAGAAUACCCCGAGGAAUCUGUAUUGAUCACAUAAAAUUCCCUAGAAGGAAGAGAACAUUGUUAUUGACAUAUUAUCUUUGUAGUGAUUGUUGUAAAAAGGAGUUGAAGUCAGUUGCAGAUUUUAGAUUUAUGAUUGUUGGAAGCUUGUGUUAGUAAUUCUUUUACAUCUUUAUUGUCCGGACUCGGCUAAAAAUGGGCUUCUCAGUGUAUGUUUGAUAUGCUGAACUAGACAAAAUAAAAAACGGGACUUUAGCUUCUUCUCUU